CAGGUGGGCCCGAAUGGCGUCCACCACCACCACCACCUCCGCCUCCGCCUCCGCACGCCGCCAAAAGAAAAUCGUCGUCAUAAUGGGCCCUACCGGCUGCGGAAAGUCCAAACUCUCCGUCGACUUAGCCUCUAGAUUCUUCCCUUCAUCCGAAAUUAUCAACUCUGACAAAAUCCAAGUCUACCGUGGCCUUGACAUCACCACCAACAAAAUCCCAUUGCCCGACCGCAAGAACGUCCCCCAUCAUCUCCUCGGCGAGUUCGACUCGUCUGAGUCUCAUCCCGAGUUCACCCCCUCCGACUUCCGCUCUUCUGCUUCCUUAACCAUUUCACAGAUUCUCUCUCGCCGUAAAAUACCCUUUAUCGUGGGGGGUUCGAACUCCUUCAUCUACGCGUUAUUGGCUAAGAAAUUCAACCCGGAGAUAGACGUGUUCAGCGAGUCGAACUCGGAGACAGACUCAGUUUUCUGUAAAGAGCUGAGAUACAGCUGUUGUUUCAUCUGGGUAGACGUCUCCCCGCCAGUACUAAAUCAAUACUUGGUGAAACGCGUCGACGAGAUGCUCGACUCGGGGAUGUUCGAGGAGUUAGCAGAGUAUUUCGCAAAUCCCGUGUCGGGGUCGGCGAGUCAAUGCGGGUUGAAGAAGGCGAUCGGAGUGCCAGAGUUCCAGAGAUACUUGAAGAGGUUUCAGAAUGAACAAGGGGAGGAUUGGAGGAGUGAGGAUGACGUGGAGAAAAAGAUGGCGUACGAGGAGGCCGUGAGGGCCAUCAAGGACAACACGUGUCAGCUAGCUAAGAGGCAGCUGGGGAAGAUCCUACGGCUGAGGGAGGCGGCCGGAUGGGAGUUAAAGAGGGUGGAGGCGACGGAGUCGUUGAGGGCGGCGAUGGGCGGGGGGAGGAGGGUGGCGGAUAUAUGGGAAAGACAGGUGGUGGAACCGAGCGUGAAGAUUGUGAAGCGGUUCUUGAUGGAGUAGGUUUUCCAGCCAUAUCCACCUCUUCUUCAACAAAGAACAAUUCCAAUUCCAUUUCCACUCCCCUCUCUCUUGUUUGUUAGAUUUAUUUUUUUUUAAAAAAAAAAGAAGAAGAAAAUUUCCCUUUUUUCUGGUGUAAAAAUUUCAGAUAAUUGGGUUUUUUUUUUUAAGGGUGGUGUUGGGGUUAUAUUUGGGAUAAUAUAUAUAAAUAUAGUGGUGGAGGGGCGACCAAUUUUGGGGUUAAAAUAUAUUAUUUUCUUCGUUUUUGAAUUAUUUCUGCUAAAUAAACAAGAAGGGAGGUAAGAGUUAUUUGGUGUGUUUUCGAGGAUUGGGGAAAUUAAGGAAUGAGUCUUAGAAUUUUGGUGUUGUGAAGACGAAAUGAGAAGAGGGGAAAGGAAUAAUAAGUUUGACAAAAACUGUUGUCUGCUGCUACAGUGGUACAAGGUUUACCUUUUGUUUUUGUGGCAAGACCAUUACCAACUACUGAUUUGGUUUGGACAAUUGGAAUAUUAGCGAAAACUUCCUUCUUUUCGCA